AUGGAUACUCUAACGAGUGCUCCUUUGCUUACUUCUAAGUUCAAACCUUCGUUUUCUCCUCAACAGAAAACACUUUUUCCUCAUAGAAGACGGUUUGAGAAUUGGAAGAAGAACCAAUCAAUUGUUCCUGUAGCUAGGUUGUUUGGACCAGCUAUAUUUGAAGCUUCGAAACUUAAGGUUUUGUUUUUAGGAAUUGACGAAAACAAACACCCAGGAAAUCUUCCUAGGACUUAUACGUUAACACAUAGUGAUGUAACCUCAAAACUCACUUUGGCGAUUUCUCAAACCAUAAACAACUCUCAGUUGCAGGGAUGGUACAAUAGAUUGCAAAGAGAUGAAGUGGUCGCGCAAUGGAAGAAGGUGAAGGGAAAAAUGUCUCUACAUGUUCACUGUCACAUUAGUGGAGGCCACUUUCUUUUAGAUAUCUUUGCAAGGCUUAGAUACUUCAUCUUCUGCAAAGAGUUACCUGUGGUGUUGAAGGCUUUUGUUCAUGGUGACGGCAAUUUAUUCAACAACUAUCCGGAAUUAGAGGAAUCAUUAGUUUGGGUAUUUUUUCAUUCAAAGAUUCGAGAAUUCAACAAGGUAGAAUGUUGGGGUCCACUAAAGGAGGCUUCACAACCUACUAGUGGGACCCACUCUGAUUUGAAAUUGCCCCAAUCUUGUGAAGAGGAUUGUGAGUGUUGUUUUCCACCGUUGAAUUUAAGCCCAAUUCCGUGCUCUAAUGAAGUUGUUAAUGACACUUAUGAAUCUAUUGAUGGAAUUGAAACCCAACAUGGUAACUUGUAA